AUGGCGAAGCACGUCGACGGCACUGAUACACCUCACGGUGCUGAGGUCACUUGCACAGCAGCUCGAAAUGCGCGCCAACUUGCUGUUACGCUGCCUACUGAUGUCUCGAGGUUUGUGAGUGUAAUUCGCUGAUUGCGAGCCGAUACUUGCUGAUCACUCUUCUUAUGGGCGCUGUGGGUUCACAGCCUCAAGCUCGAGGGCAAGAUGAAGCAAAAGUUACAGAAAGAUGGUUUACGGAGGUGCUUUUGUGCAGAGUGUCAACAGGGCAUUUCUAGCUCGCCGAUCUAUCUCAAUGAGCGGCAUCUUGCCGCUUAA